AUGAGAAUACAGCUGAAGCACAUUAUAAUAUUCGAAAUUUGGAAAUGGCACCCUGAUCGCUGUUUUUCUGCUUCUGGGAACCCAAAUUAUGUCGAGGAGGCAAAGAAAAAAUUUCAAGCUAUCCAGCAAGCCUAUUCUGUGCUCUCGGAUGCCAACAAAAGGUUUCUGUACGAUGUAGGAGUCUAUGACUGCGACGAUGAUGAUGACGAACACGGUAUGGGUGACUUCUUGAAUGAAAUGGCUGCAAUGAUGAGCCAGAAUAAUCUCAGUGAAAAUAAAAACGAGACUUUUGAAGAAUUGCAAGAGCUCUUUGAUGAGAUAUUCCACGGUGACACUGAGUUGUUUGGGUGUUCUACUCGUUCGGCUACACCUCCAACUCAGUUAUCUUCACAAGAUUCGUGCAACGAGCCUUCUUUUUCCAUCUCAAACAAGAGAAACUCGUGUGAUAUGAGCUCCACCAAUUUCGAUGUGGAAGGCAACCAGUUCCAAGGGUUCUGCUUUGGGACAAAUGGAAAUUCGGGAAAACACCGAGCUGGGGAGAGCAGCCGGAGAAAGAAUAGAAAGAUGGGCCAGCAGUAA